AUGGAAAAAGAAAAAACUAGCAAAAAUAAUGAGAGUUACAAAAACAUGGUUGACUGUUAUUAUUUAUUGUUAAAAAAAUUCAAGAAAAAAAGCUCUUAUGUUAUAGAUGAAUUUUUAAUAAAGGAAAAUAAAGACAGUGAUUCAGUUUUAACAAUUUAUGAGGACGUUAAUUCAGAUGCUUUUUCUUUUUUAAUUUUAUCUAUGAUUGAUUCCAAUUAUACCCGAAUUAACAAAAUAAAUAUCCUAAAUGUACAAAAUGCUAAUGAUGUUAUAAGAGCUAUAUGUUUUUACAUGGACAAUAUACAAAUCAGUGAACUUUUAAAAAAAAAUAUUAAAAAUGUAAGAAAAAAGAAUGUAAAUGUAGAAAAUAAGGAUAAAGUUAAUUUAAAAGUAAAAGAAAAGGAAAAAGAAAAAGAAGAAAAAGAUGAAAAAGAUGAAAAAAAUAAUGAAAUUAACAACAGAAAUAAGUGCAAUAUAAAAUCGUUGAGCAUAUUUAAUAGUAAUAUAGAUAUAAGUGCAAUAAUACUCCUUUCUAAAUCCUUAUAUGAUAAUAGUUACGCUAAGCUAGAAAAUUUAGCAAUAGAUUGUAUUCAUUUAAAUUCUGAUUGCCUCAAAUAUCUGUCCCUUUCACUGUGUAACUAUAACAAUUUAAAAACCUUAAGUUUUCAAUAUUGCAACUUAAAUAACGAUUCCAUAAAAUAUAUAAUAGAUAUAGUCAUAUAUUUGAACUCCUCUUUAUCUAAUUUGAAUUUAUGUGGAAAUAAUUUUAAAGAAGACGGAAUGUGUGAACUUUUUGAAAGCUUUUUACUUAAUAAUUCUUUAAGUAAUAUCGAUGUUUCUUAUAAUAUGUUUAAUUUAAAUGACUUAUUUGUUGAAACAAUUUGCAAGAUUAUUACUAGUGAAACCAAUAUUUCGAGUAUAUAUUUAAUCGGCAAUUUCGUGGAGAAUAACAAUUUGUCUAAAAUAAAUAAUGCUAUGAAUUUUAAUAAAUCUAUUUCUAUUUUAAAAUUACCACAUGAAGUUGAUGAUGAAAUAAUGAAGGAAAUAAAUCUAAAGCUAGUUAAGAAAAAGCGAAAAAAGAAAAAAUCAAAUAGGAAAAAUGUUUAA